AUGACUAGUCAGUUCGAAGAAGAUAUCCACGACCGGGGAGAAUGUACGAGUAAACCCCCCACUCUGCUCUCCUCCUACUGUAUAGACAGUAUUCUGGGCCGACGGAGCCCCUGUAAAGUCAGGGUGAUAGGGGCACAAAGUUUGACAGCUCUACCCGGGAGACGGGAGCACGACAAGCAGACCGAAGGUAAGUCAAGCACCGCGAAAAGCUCAUGAAAACAUGCAUGGCUUUCCAUCUGGGGAAAGGUUUGCUGCAUGAUCCGGGAAAACGUUUUGGUGUUGAAUACAGGCAAGACGGUGUGUGCCUAUAACAUGAUAAUGACCCAUCAACAGCAUUGGGCUGAUUGCAGAAUGGAAGUAAAAGUUAGCAAAUAGUGGUCCAUCAGAACCAAAAGUGUGACUGUGUUGAAAAUAGGAUAUGUCCCUUUUAAGCACUUUUUCAGAGACCAAAAGUCAACUUUAUCGUCGAUCCGAUAGAUACACAUCCUCUAAGGUGCAGAAAUAAUACAUCUUCAAGUCUAUUCGAACAUUAUCGAUGAUGCCUUGUGCGAAGCUUUGCGUUGAACUAUGCGCCUUGUUGCACUCCAUUAGCCUUUAGUUUUUUCGUUACACAUGUCGCUUCAACCUAUCCAUACUUCUGUCACCCUCCCCAUAGGCUCAACUAAAGACCCCCUAUCACUAGACACAGACAUGCACCUUCCACCAAAGCUGCGCCGGCUCUACGGACCAGGGGCGAAGUACCUGAACCACGGCCGGGGUUUAGUUCACGACCUCGAGGAGAAAUUGGAUAGGGAGAGGCUUCUGGUGGACCAAGCCUGCGAGAGCCUCAAAAUCAACCAGGCUCCACAGGUGAGCAUCAGCCGCAGCAAGUCAUACCGGGAGAACGCGUCCCUAAGCCAAGGAGAGGGAGGCCAGAGCCCCGCUGGAGGGCCGGAGGAUGGGCUGAGGCUGGGCGAGUCAGGGCCAAUGAAGUUCGAGGACGCGGCGAAAGAGGAGGAGAGCUGCGGGGAGGCGAUGGGUCUCUCCCGGAAGGACGAGGAGAGGGAGAGCCUCCAUGCAGGGGAUGGAGAUGUGCGGGACGGGGAGGACAGCUUGUGUCUGUCGGCAGGCAGUGACUCGGACGAAGGGAUGCUAAAACGCAAGCAAAGAAGAUACAGGACUACAUUCACCAGCUACCAGCUGGAGGAGCUGGAGAGAGCUUUCCAGAAGACGCACUACCCCGACGUCUUCACCAGGUACAGUUACAGUCCCAGAUCUGUUUGUGUUUUUGCCUACUCCAUUGUCAUUGUCAAGCCAAACAGGUAGGAGUGGGCAAGAGAACAGAAACAGAUCUGGCACCCAGGCUACAGCACAAACUCAAUUAUUCAUAUGCAACGUGUCUAAUAUUAACAACAUCGUUCAAUUAACAUUCCUACAACAACGUAACCCAACCAAGUCUCAUAAAAAUUCGUUAAAUACACGUUCUGGAUAGAUAUUUCUAUUUCACCUUACAAUUUUUCCUGAAGUCUACGCUACAUUAGUUGUACUCUACAUAAACGAACAACAAGUAGCAGUAGGCUGUAGAAAUAAUAAUAAUGGAUAUAAUAAUAAUAAUAAUUCAAGUUAGUAAAAAUAACAUUAUUUUAUCUUUACAGAGACUGAGAUACAAAUACCAGAGGCAAACAAAUAACUCCGAAAAUUAUGAAAGAAUGUCACAAAUCUGGUGUAUAUGACAUUUUGUACAAAUUUGUACGAAUUGAGUGUGAGAUUGUGUUGGACAUGAGGUCAAACAUGCAUAGGCCUGGCCUACAAGUUCUAAUUUCUGAUGCAUAUUUUAAUCUAGAUAUGUCUGGGGUAACAACAUUAAAAACCCUUUAUCAUCAUACCAUUUAUGUUAGGUUUAUUUAUUUAUUUUUAAAGUAGAAAACAGUCAAUUGUUUAUCCACUUAUAAUGUCAUUCAGCCGGUCUAUAAUUUGACACUGGCGCAUUGACAGCUAUACCGUGUAGCUCAGUUGUCUUUAAGGAAUACCUGGGAUAGGAUAAAGGAAUCCUUCUACCCCCCCCCCCCCCCCCAAUUGUUAAGUGGUUAUCCCACUGGCUAUAGGGUGAACGCACCAAUUUGUGAGUCGCUCUGGCUAAGAGCGUCUGCUAAAUGACGUUAAUGUGCCCUUGAGCAAGGCACUUAACCCUAAUUGCUCCUGUAAGUCGCUCUGGAUAAGAGCGUCUGCUAAAUGACUAAAAUGUAAUGUAAUGUAGAGCAUGGCGCUUGCAAUGCCAGGGUUGUGGGUUCGAUUCCCACGGGGGACCGGUAUGAAAAAAUAUAUGUAUGCACUCACUAACUGUAAGUCGCGAUAAGAGCGUCUGCUAAAUGACUAAAAUGUAAAAUGUAGCCGAGCCCAAACCAGCUCGAAGUGGGAACACCAACCCGUUUUGUCACAUUUACAUCGUCUCAUUGUUAUUGGCGAUAUGGAUAUUAUUCUCAUAGGGAAAAUAAAUUGGUUGCAGCUCGAUUUACCUUGUGCAUAAUGCUGUUCUAUUCAACGCAAAUUUGGUUUCUGGGCCUGCACAAGCUCAAGGGUGUAACACACGCACGCACACACACGCACGGUGACGCGCACCUCAACUCCUUUGUUUCAUCCAUUAGCUGGUGUAGGAGGGAAAUGAGAAAGAACACUAUAUCAGUCCACGCAAAUCCACCUGUUACUGGCUUUCAUGCAAAGGCAAAUCAUUUUUGUGAAUGAAGCUUUAUGAAGAACUGUGAGUGAGUCACUGCUAAGGCAGGUCUAGAUAAGUUUUUUAUGUGGACAUUUUUAAGAAAUGAGUUGGUGCUAUUUAUUUUUGAUGCAAUUUAGGCUACAAAAUGUAUAGAGGAGAAUUUCAAAUAUAAGUAUUUUUUUCAACCAAACAUGAAAGCCUAAUAUUAUUCGAAAAACAAAUCUAUUUGUCUAGCCUAUACGAUUUCAGGACCCCCUGCACAUGUCGAUUUGAAUAUUUAGACUUGAGAUUACAUUUCUCUUAUAAUUUUAUUAUAUUUUACUAUUACAGUAUGGAAUAUUAGUAUUACAAAAUGGAAUAUGACAUCUACAAAAUGGAAUAUUACAAUGCAGAAGUGAAUUUACAACAGGAUUCAGAAUGUCAUACACAAUUAUUUUCCAUGCAUAUAUAUAUAUAUAUAUAUAUAUAUAUAUAUAUGCAUCAGACAGACUUGUGGAUUCUGUUAGCCUUAUCGCUUUCAGCAAAGUAAAUCAUCUACAGGACACAUUUAAGAUAGUGAAUAUAAUAUAUGACGUUUUAAACAACGGGGUAAUUAAUUUUACAAAUAUUAUUUAACACUGGCAUCAUGAACCAAAUAAUACAUAGGCUAUUGUUGAUCGAUGUUUUUGUAUCGAUGUGCGUUCAUUAUUUUUAAGGCGACUAUUGUGGUAAUCAAUUUGUGCAGCCUAUAGACUUCUCUUUCAGCCAAGCACUCGAUGGCUUUGUAAUAGUUUGGAUGGCAUUAUUUCCACUGACUCUAAAGAAAAGCCGUUGUAUAAGGGAGCUAUUAUGGCGAAGAAAGGAGAGAUUACAAUACAAUCACCCUGACAAUUUCUCUCAAAACCUUCGCAGGGAAAAUAGCACAAAGGACCUUCAUUUCGCUGUGGGUUUUCCGUGUCUGAAAAAUAACACUUUUCUUGUAUUGUUACCGGUGCGGGUAGGAGAGAAAAAAAAACAGCCCAGUUCUCGGUCACAAAAGGUAACCUCUUUUCCUGCCUUUUCAGAGAGGAGCUUGCGAUGCGGCUGGAUCUGACCGAGGCGCGCGUGCAAGUAAGUGGCCUUUUAACGUUUUAUUGCUGCAAUUAUGGCUGUCUGUCGCUUUCAACUAAAACGACUUAACACUUACACAUUUCAAAUGAGUAAUUGAAAUAUAUAUUCUACCAAAUUAGUAAAGAAUAAUAAAGGCCAGUACCACUUAGAUUAAGAUGUAAUGAAAUAAUUCCCAAUUUCUUAUUAGGCUAUUCUAGUUCAUGUUAUAUUAAUUACAAUAAAACAUCCAAUGCAUAUUUAUACAAUGUAGGCCUAGCAUAAUUUCAAAGCAUCUUCAGAUUUACACACCUUCAUAGGCUAUAGAAUAAUAAUUUAACAAAGUCUAUCAUUAUUUUUAUUUCCAAUAUGCUUACGUUAUUAUUUAUAUUUUUUUGUUGACAUGAUGCAUACACCAAACCAGGCAACAAUUCAGGCCUUUCCAGACAGUAGCCGGAGAAAAGUAUUUAUCAGAGUCUGAGUGAUUUAUUACCCCGAGAUGUGUUAAAUGAUCCCAAUCGCUGCGUAGCGAAUCUCCUUCCUGUUAUUGGAAGUUAUUACAUGCCCCAAGGGACGUUUUAACGGCAAUUAAGCGGAUGCGGAGGAUUCAUAAAUGUGCACUUAGCGUGAGAGCAAACAUGGGCUAUUCUCAGGGAGAAAAUGGUGUUUGAAUUCCCAUUGCCGGAAUGAGAGAGGGGAGAGGGAGAGUAAGAGAGAGUGAAAAUGAGAGAGAAAGAGGAGGUAUAAGAGGUGAGGAGGGAGUGAGAGAAAGGGAGGGAGGGAGGGGGGGGGAGAUGGAGAGAGAGAGGAGAGGGGAGUAGGGUGGCUGGGAUAAUGCUAUUUGAUUUCCCAUUUUGUGAUUGCAAUAGAGACGCAUUGAACCGAUGCUUUGCACUUGGAGCCAAUGAGAGAGACCAUUAAAGGUGUUUGCUCCUCCUCCCCCCCCCCCCCCCCCCCCCCCCCCCUCCCCCCUCCCCCUCUCUCUCUCUCUUAUUCCAUCUCUCCAUUGAGAGCGUGGCUUGCAUGACUUAGCCCGGGGCUCAUAACCAAAGAGACAGUUCAAACACGGCGAUGCUCCGUCCAGGGUGAUAGCCGGUAUAAAACAACAGAUGUCCCCUCGCAGAACCGUCGGUGAACAAGGCACUUAAUGGGUGCAUCGGGAGGUGAUAAAAACUCAUAAAAUUCCCGAGGGGCCACGUAACGCUAAACGGCUUUCAACGGAAAUAGCGCGUGCGUGUGUGUGUGCAGGGCUAAUAUCGUUCACUUUCUCUUACUGUUUACAUUUUCUCCAAUUGUAGAGCCCCUGUUUCACACUAGGCAAGGGGGGAGGGCGUGGGAAAGUUAAAUAGUCUUUGGAAAUGACUUGUUCUACAUUUUGAAGAAUUUAAUUUAAAGCGCAUUAGUCUAAUUGUUAUUGGACUCUGUUCAGCCUUCAUUCUCCUCACCUUUUGUGAACACCAUUCUUAAUUAUCGUGCGCCACACCGAUCUCAGUCUCUGUUAGACUGCAGGGGGAACGGAUUUUAAUUAGCUAACUUUAAACCAAAUGACCGUGAGGGCGCGCGGGUUUUAGUGCACGUGUAAUUACCGCUGACUUUCCGCCUGUUUGUCACCUCAUCAACUGGAGGAUGGGAUCUUCCGUUUACACAGGAGCUUGCGCUGGAGCAGGCCCAGUCUGUCAGAGGGUUUCCCUGCAUUCCAAACAGUAUGUCACUAUAUACGCUACAUGGCCAAAAGUAUAUGGACACAUGCUCGUCGAACAUCUCAUUCCAAAAUCACGGGCAUAGAUAUGGAGUUGGUCCCCCCUUUGCUGCUAUAACAGCCUCCACUCUUCUGGGAAGGCUUUCCACUAGAUGUUGGAACAUUGCUGCGGGGACUUGCUUCCAUUCAGCCACAAGAGCAUUAGUUCAAGUUCUUGCAAACCAGAAAGGGCCAAGUGACUCACUGUCUGUAGCAGCGAUCCAUUUUCGUGAACGGGGUGGUGUACCUAAUAAAUACAAAUACAAAUACCUAAUAAACUGCACUGUAAAGCAAAAUUACAGUAUUAAGCUGGCAACUCUGGCGCCAGUAUAAUGCUGUAAAUUUACAAGGAAAAGGUUUACAGUGUAUUCUAUGCUAUUCACUCAAUUUUUUUACAUUUUACAUUUUAGUCAUUUAGCAGACGCUCUUAUCCAGAGCGACUUACAGUUAGUGAAUACAUCUUUUUUUAUACUGGCCCCCCGUGGGAAUCGAACCUGCAACCCAAGCGUUGCAAACGCCAUGCUCUAUCAACUGAGCUACAUCCCUGCCGGCCAUUCCCUCCCCUACCCUGGGCCAAUUGUGCGCCGCCCAUGAGUCUCCUGGUCGCGGCCGGCUGCGACAGAGCCUGGAUUCGAACCAGGAUCUCUAGUGGCACAGUUAGCACUGCGAUGCAGUGCCUUAGACCACUCCGCCACUCAGGAGCCAAAUCUAACUAAACCUACAUAGUUAAAUGUAGCCUAUAUGUUCUAUCUAACCUCUGACCUCUCUCCCACUCUCUAUCCAGGUGUGGUUUCAGAAUCGUCGUGCUAAGUGGCGUAAGCGUGAGAAGGCAGGUGUCCAGACACACCCCUCUGGCCUCCCUUUCCCCGGCCCCCUUUCGGCCACCCACCCCCUCAGCCACUAUCUGGAUGGGGGUCCCUUCUCCCCACACCCCCACCCCGCCCUGGAGUCUGCCUGGACCGCCGCAUUUCCUGGUCUAGCUCCUCACCGUAGCAACCACUCGGGCCAGCACCUAGGGACACCGCUGGGCCUUGGAACAUUCCUGGGUACAGCCGCCAUGUUCCGUCACCCCACCUUCAUCGGGCCCACCUUCAGCAGGUGAGAUAAUAGGUACCUCUACUUACAUAACCCUGUAUACCCAUAGAUAUAGACAGAGGACUCUAGUACCCAAAAGCCAGUUUUAGCAUGGGCAGCGCCAUUGAGGACUUUCACCAUUUAUAAUAAUAAUAAUUGGGUGGGGCUUCCUAUGGCUUAAGGAAGGAUCACAUAAUUCCAUCCAGGUCACCAGGAAUUAUACUCUACCUAUAACACCACCUCACACCUGUACUGUCCUCUACCUAACACACCACCUCACACCUGUACUUGUCCUCUACCUAACACACCACCUCACACCUGUACUGUCUUCUACCUAACACACCACCUCACACCUGUACUGUCCUCUACCUAACACACCACCUCACACCUGUACUGUCUUCUACCUAACACACCACCUCACACCUGUACUGUCUUCUACCUAACACACCACCUCACACCUGUACUGUCCUCUACCUAACACACCACCUCACACCUGUACUGUCCUCUACCUAACACACCACCUCACACCUGUACUGUCUUCUACCUAACACACCACCUCACACCUGUACUGUCUUCUACCUAACACACCACCUCACACCUGUACUGUCUUCUACCUAACAUACCACCUCACACCUGUACUGUCUUCUACCUAACAUACCACCUCACACCUGUACUGUCCUCUACCUAUAACUCCACCUCACACCUGUACUGUCUUCUACCUAUAACUCCACCUCACACCUGUACUGUCCUCUACCUAACACACCACCUCACACCUGUACUGUCUUCUACCUAACACACCACCUCACACCUGUACUGUCUUCUACCUAACACACCACCUCACACCUGUACUGUCUUCUACCUAACACACCACCUCACACCUGUACUGUCCUCUACCUAACACACCACCUCACACCUGUACUGUCUUCUACCUAUAACUCCACUUCACACCUGUACUGUCCUCUACCUAACACACACCUCACACCUGUACUGUCCUCUACCUAACACACCACCUCACACCUGUACUGUCUUCUACCUAACACACCACCUCACACCUGUACUGUCUUCUACCUAUAACUCCACCUCACACCUGUACUGUCCUCUACCUAACACACCACCUCACACCUGUACUGUCUUCUACCUAACACACCAACUCACACCUGUACUGUCCUCUACCUAUAACUCCACCUCACACCUGUACUGUCCUCUACCUAUAACACCACCUCACACCUGUACUGUCCUCUACCUAACACACCACCUCACACCUGUACUGUCUUCUACCUAUAACUCCACCUCACACCUGUACUGUCCUCUACCUAACACACCACCUCACACCUGUACUGUCUUCUACCUAACACACCACCUCACACCUGUACUGUCCUCUACCUAUAACUCCACCUCACACCUGUACUGUCCUCUACCUAUAACACCACCUCACACCUGUACUGUCUUCUACCUAACACACCACCUCACACCUGUACUGUCCUCUACCUAACACACCACCUCACACCUGUACUGUCUUCUACCUAACACACCACCUCACACCUGUACUGUCCUCUACCUAACACACCACCUCACACCUGUACUGUCCUCUACCUAACACACCACCUCACACGUGUACUGUCCUCUACCUAUAACACCACCUCACACCUGUGACCAUCAGCAUCCAUCAUCAUCCUUACUAUACCACUUUGAGGAAAACAACAUAGAGCCACUGACGCAGUCCCCCGCUGCUCACGAGGACUGUGUACCUAUGUAAGAAUGCUGUUCAUCGGCUACAGCUCAGCCUUCAACACCAUAGUGCCCUCCAAGCUCAUCACUAAGCUCAGGGCCCUGGGUCUGAACCCUGCCCUGUGCAACUGGGUCCUGGACUUCCUGACGGGCCGCCCCCAGGUGGUGAAGGUAGGCAACAACACCUCCACCAUGCUGAUCCUCAACACGGGGCCCCACAAAGGUGCAUGCUCAGCCCCCUCCUGUACUCCCUGUUCACCCAUGACUGCUUGGCCACGCACUCCUCAAACUCAAUCAUCAACUUUGCAGAUGACACAACAGUGGUAGGCCUGAUUACCAACAACGACGAGACAGCCUACAGGGAGGAGGUGAAAGCGCUGGCGGAGGUGCCAGGAAAAUAACCUCUCCCUCAAUGUCAACAAAAUGAAGGAGCUGAUGGUGGACUUCAGGAGACAGCAGAGAGAGCACGCCCCCAUCCACAUCAACGUGGCCGCAGUGGAAAGGGUCAAAAGCUUCAAGUUCGUCAGCGUGCACAUCACUGAGGCAGGGUUCUACACUAAGUUUUCCCACUGGUGGCACCAGCACAUGAUUUGGUCGCACACAUUUACUUAUAAAAAAAAAAAGAAGAUCAUUGAUAAUGACCUGGCCUAUGUCCCAUAAUGUGGCUCCAUUCCAUACAGAACCAGGCUAAUAAUGACUAGCCAUCUUUUAAAUUAGCAUGCCCUUGUGUUCUUACAUUGAUUUUGACAGAUUUACUGUAACAGCAAAGAAAAGAGACUAUUAAAAUAAUGUGCAAAAUCUACUUAUGCAGAUUUCAAAGUGCAACGUGUUAUUUUCUGCUAAAUCCUCUAGAGGGCAGAAUUUGAAAAAAUUAAACGAGUUUGUUUAUUUUUGGUCAAUUGCACAUUACCAUUGGAAUAAAUCCUGAUACAAAAUUUUUUUACGAAAAUUGUGAAACUAAUGUGACCAGGUAAAACAAUUUCACUGGCACCCUUGCAACCAAUAAAAAAUGUGUUGCACUGCCAAGUCAAACGGUCGCAAAUGCGACUGUUUUGGUUGCAGUAUCGUACCCUGCUGAGGACCUGAAAUGGUCCCUCCACACCGGCAGCGUGCUGAAGAAGGCUGAAGAAAUUCGGCUUGGCCCCUAAGACCCUCACAAACUUCUACAGACGCACCAUCGAGAGCAUUCUGUUAGGCUGCAUCACCGCCUGGUACGGCAACUGCACCGCCCGCAAGCGUAGGGCUCUCCAGAAGAUGGUGCGGUCAGCCUAACGUAUCACCGGGGGCACACUGCCUGCCCUCCAGGACAUCUACAGCACCCGAUGUCACAGGAAGGCCAAGCAGAUCAUCAAAGACCUCAGCCACCCGAGCGACGGCCUGUUCACCCAGUUACCAUCUAGAUGGCGGAGACAGUACAGGUGCAUCAAAGCUCGGACUGAGAGACUGAUAAACAGCUUCUAUCUCCAGGCCAUCAGACUGUUAAACAGUACCAAUAGCCGGCCUCCGCCCAGUACCCUGCCCUGAACCUUAUUCAGUUACUAGCCGGCUACCACCCGGUACUCUACCCUGCACCUUAGAGACUGCUGCCCUAUGUACAUAGAGUCAUUGAACACUGGUCAGUUUAAUAAUGUUUUACCCACUUUAUAUGUACAGUGCCUUCAGAAAGUAUUCAUACCCCUUGACUUAUUCCACAUUUUGUUGUGUUACAGGUUGAAUUCAAAACCAUUUUCAGAUCUUUCCAUAGAUUUUCAAGCAGAUUUAAGUCAAAACUGUAACUCGGCCACUCUGGAACAUUCCCUGUCUUCUUGGUAAGCAACUACAGUGUAGAUUUGGCUUUGUGUUUUAGGUUAUUGCACUACUGAAAUGUGAAUUAGUCUCCCAGUGUAUGGUGGAAAGUAGACUGAACCAGGUUUUUCCUCUAGGAUUUUGCCUGUGCUUAGCUCCAUUCCGUUUUUUUAAAUCCUGAAAAACUCCCCAGUCCUUAUCAAUUACAAGCAUACCCAUAACAUGAUGCAGCCACCACUAUGCUUGAAAAUAUGGAGAGUGAUACACAGUUGUGUGUUAUAUUGCCCCAAACAUAACACUUUGUAUUCAGGACAAAAAGUGAAUUGCUUUGCCACAUUUUUUGCAGUAUUACUUUAGUGCCUUGUUGCAAACAGUAUGCAUGUUUUGGACUAAUAGCUAUCCUUAUGUUCACUCUGUCAAUUAGGUUAGUAUUGUGGAGUAACUACAAUGUUGUUGAUCCAUCCUCGGUUUUCUCCUACCACAGCCAUUCAACUCUUUAACUGUUUUAAAGUCACCAUUGUCCUCAUGGUGAAAUCGCGGAGCGGUUUCCUUCCUCUCCGGCAACUGAGUUAGGAAGGAUGCCUGUAUCUUUGUAGUGACUGGGUGUAUUGAUACACCAUCCAAAGUGUAAUUAAUAACUUCACCAUGCUCAAAGGGAUAUUCAAUGUCUGCUUUAUUUGAUUUUUACCCAUCUACCAAAAGGUUCCCUUCUUUGCAAGGCAUUGGAAAACCUCCCUGGUGUUUGUGGUUGAAUCUGUGUUUGAAAUUCACUGCUCGACUGAGGGACCUUAUAAUUGUAUGUGUGGGGUACAGAGAUGAAGUAGUCAUUCAAAAAUCAUGUUAAACAUUAUUAUUGCACACAGAGUGAGUCUGUGCAACUUAUGUGACUUGUUAACACAAUUUUACUCCUGAACUUAUUUAGGCUUGCCAUAACAAAGUGGUUGAAUACUUAUUGACUCAAAACAUUUCAGCUUUUCAUUUUUUAUUGAUUUGUAAACAUUUAGAAAAACAUAAUUCGCCUUUGACACUAUUGGGGGUACUGUGUGUUUAAAUUCAAGCUGCAACACAACAAAAUGUGGAAAAAGUCAAGGGGUGUGAAUACUUUCUGAAGGCACUGUAUAUACUGUAUUCUAGUCACUUUAAUAAUGUUUACAUACUGUUUUACCCACUUUAUACAGUGGGGAAAAAAAGUAUUUAGUCAGCCACCAAUUUUGCAAGUUCUCCCAUUUAAAAAGAUGAGAGAUGCCUGUAAUUUUCAUCAUAGGUACACGUCAACUAUGACAGACAAAUUGAGAAAAUAAAAUCCAGAAAAUCACAUUGUAGGAUUUUUAAUGAAUUUAUUUGCAAAUUAUGGUGGAAAAUAAGUAUUUGGUCACCUACAAACAAGCAAGAUUUCUGGCUCUCACAGACCUGUAACUUCUUCUUAAAGAGGCUCCUCUGUCCUCCCCUCGUUACCUGUAUUAAUGGCACCUGUUUGAACUUGUUAUCAGUAUAAAAGACACCUGUCCACAACCUCAAACAGUCACACUCCAAACUCCACUAUGGCCAAGACCAAAGAGCUGUCAAAGGACACCAGAAACAAAAUUGUAGACCUGCACCAGGCUGGGAAGACUGAAUCUGCAAUAGGUAAGCAGCUUGGUUUGAAGAAAUCAACUGUGGGAGCAAUUAUUAGGAAAUGGAAGACAUACAACACCACUGAUAAUCUCCCUCGAUCUGGGGCUCCAUGCAAGAUCUCACCCCGUGGGGUCAAAAUGAUCACAAGAACGGUGAGCAAAAAUCCCAGAACCACACGGGGGGACCUAGUGAAUGACCUGCAGAGAGCUGGGACCAAAGUAACAAAGCCUACCAUCAGUAACAUACUACGCCGCCAGGGACUCAAAUCCUGCUGUGUCCCCCUGCUUAAGCCAGUACAUGUCCAGACCCGUCUGAAGUUUGCUAGAGUGCAUUUGGAUGAUCCAGAAGAGGAUUGGGAGAAUGUCAUAUGGUCAGAUGAAACCAAAAUAUAACUUUUUGGUAAAAACUCAACUCGUCGUGUUUGGAGGACAAAGAAUGCUGAGUUGCAUCCAAAGAACACCAUACCUACUGUGAAGCAUGGGGGUGGAAACAUCAUGCUUUGGGGCUGUUUUUCUGCAAAGGGACCAGGACGACUGAUCCGUGUAAAGGAAAGAAUGAAUGGGGCCAUGUAUCGUGAGAUUUUGAGUGAAAACCUCCUUCCAUCAGCAAGGGCAUUGAAGAUGAAACGUAGCUGGGUCUUUCAGCAUGACAAUGAUCCCAAACACACCGCCCGGGCAAUGAAGGAGUGGCUUCGUAAGAAGCAUUUCAAGGUCCUGGAGUGGCCUAGCCAGUCUCCAGAUCUCAACCCCAAAGAAAAUCUUUGGAGGGAGUUGAAAAUCCGUGUUGCCCAGCGACAGCCCCAAAACAUCACUGCUCUAGAGGAGAUCUGCAUGGAGGAAUGGGCCAAAAUACCAGCAACAGUGUGUGAAAACCUUGUGAAGACUUACAGAAAACGUUUGACCUGUGUCACUGCCAACAAAGUGUAUAUAACAAAGUAUUGAGAAUCUUUUGUUAUUGACCAAAUACUUAUUUUCCACCAUAAUUUGCAAAUAAAUUCAUUAAAAAUCCUACAAUGUGAUUUUCUGGCAUUUUUUCUCAUUUUGUCUGUCAUAGUUGACGUGUACCUAUGAUGAAAAUUACAGGCCUCUCUCAUCUUUUUAAGUGGGAGAACUUGCACAAUUCGUGGCUGACUAAAUACUUUUUUUCCCCACUGUAUGUAUAUACUGUAUUCUAGUCAAGGCUCAUCCUAUAUAACUACUGCUGUACACACCUUCUCUAAUCAUGUACUGUCUAUACACACCAUUAUAUAUAUAUAUAUUUUUUUAUAUUCCUGACUGACAUUGCUCGUUCUGAUAUUUCUUAAUUUAGUUUUUAACUUGUUGGAUUAUGUGUGUAUUGUUUUGUAUUGAUAUUGUAUUACUGCACUGUUGGAGCACAAGCAUUUCACUGCACCUGGGAUAACAUCUGCAAAAUCUGUGUACGCCACCAAUAAACUUUGAUUUGAUUUGACAGAGCAGGCUCCCCUGACGUCUCCCUUUGUUGGUUUCAGUAAGAUGGAAGUGUUCUAGUUUACAGCCCUUAAAUGUUGCUUGGGGUGUUUUGCUCAUGAGAAUAUUUUUGUGUAUAUACAGUGAGGGAAAAAAGUAUUUGAUCCCCUGCUGAUUUUGUACGUUUGCCCACUGACAAAGACAUGAUCAGUCUAUAAUUGUAAUGGUAGGUUUAUUUGAACAGUGAGAGACAGAAUAACAACAACAAAAUCCAGAAAAAUGCAUGUCAGAAAUGUUAUAAAUUGAUUUGCAUUUUAAUGAGGGAAAUAAGUAUUUGACCCCUCUGCAAAACAUGACUUAGUACUUGGUGGCAAAACAAAACCCUUGUUGGCAAUCACAGAGGUCAGACGUUUCUUGUAGUUGGCCACCAGGUUUGCACACAUCUCAGGAGGGAUUUUGUUCGACUCCUCUUUGCAGAUCUUCUCCAAGUCAUUAAGGUUUCAAGGCUGACGUUUGGCAACUCGAACCUUCAGCUCCCUCCACAGAUUUUCCAUGGGAUUAAGGUCUGGAGACUGGCUAGGCCACUCCAGGACCUUAAUGUGCUUAUUCUUGAGCCACUCCUUUGUUGCCUUGGCCGUGUGUUUUGGGUCAUUGUCAUGCUGGAAUACCCAUCCACGACCCAUUUUCAAUGCCCUGGCUGAGGGAAGGAGGUUCUCACCGAAGAUUUGACGGUACAUGGCCCCGUCCAUCGUCCCUUUGAUGCGGUGAAGUUGUCCUGUCCCCUUAGCAGAAAAACAUCCCCUAAGCAUAAUGUUUCGACCUCCAUGUUUGACGGUGGGGAUGGUGUUCUUGGGGUCAUAGGCAGCAUUCCUCCUCCUCCAAACACGGCGAGUUGAGUUGAUGCCAAAGAGCUCGAUUUUGGUCUCAUCUGACCACAACACUUUCACCCAGUUCUCCUCUGAAUCAUUCAGAUGUUCAUUGGCAAACUUCAGACGGCCCUGUAUAUGUGCUUUCUUGAGCAGGGGGACCUUGCAGGCGCUGCAGGAUUUCAGUCCUUCACGGCGUAAUGUGUUACCAAUUGUUUUCUUGGUGACUAUGGUCCCAGCUGCCUUGAAUUAAUUGACAAGAUCCUCCCGUGUAGUUCUGGGCUGAUUCCUCACCGUUCUCAUGAUCAUUGCAACUCCACGAGGUGAGAUCUUGCAUGGAGCCCCAGGCCAAGUUAUUUUGUGUUUCUUCCAUUUGCGAAUAAUCGCACCAACUGUUGUCACCUUCUCACCAAGCUGCUUGGUGAUGGUCUUGUAGCCCAUUCCAGCCUUGUGUAGGUCUACAAUCUUGUCCCUGACAUCCUUGGAGAGCUCUUUGGUCUUGGCCAUGAUGGAGAGUUUGGAAUCUGAUUGAUUGAUUGCUUCUGUGGACAGGUGUCUUUUAUACAGGUAACAAACUGAGAUUAGGAGCACUUUAAGAGUGUGCUCCUAAUCUCAGCUCGUUACCUGUAUAAAAGACACCUGGGAGCCAGAAAUCUUUCUGAUUGAGAGGGGGUCAAAUACUUAUUUCCCUCAUUAAAAUGCAAAUCAAUUUAUAACAUUUUUGACAUGCGUUUUUCUGGAUUUUUGUUGUUGUUAUUCUGUCUCUCACUGUUCAAAUAAACCUACCAUUAAAAUUAUAGACUGAUCAUUUCUUUGUCAGUGGGCAAACGUACAAAAUCAGCAGGGGAUCAAAUACUUUUUUCCCUCACUGUACAUGGUAUCAGACACAUUAUCACUCUGCCUGCUCAGUGUUGACAGUAAUUAGCUGAGUGUGAUGUUGAUACACAAGCUGUUAGCUGAGGUGCCAAAACAGACACACACCCCAAACACGUGUACCUAAAUAGGUUAAAGCGUCUUCCUCUCCUUAUCACCUUAUGUAUUGAUUUGCGCUGGUGUGAAACUGCAGGUGAUUACAAUACCUGGUGAAGCCAUUCACAAUCUGGUCUAAAAGUCUCUCCUCUCUCAUCCCCCCUCACUCUCUCUUUCGCUCUCUCUCUCUCAGGCUCUUCUCCAGUAUGGGCUCUCUGACCAGUGGUCCCACCACUGCAGCACUCCUCCGCCAGCCUGCCCCGCCCAUCGAGACUCCCUCCAUCCCUCCCCCGGUCCUCUCCGACCCUUUCUCCUCCCCAUCGCCCUCCUCCUCGGCUGCAGCAGACCGCAGGGCCUCCAGUAUUGCAGCUCUAAGGCUGAAGGCUAAAGAGCACUCUGAUCAGUUCACACAGCUCAACAUCCUGCCCAGUGGAGCUCCAGGGAAGGAG